AUGUAUGUGGGAUACCUUUUGGAUAAAGAGGGAAGUAUGUAUCACCAAGGACCCGUACGUCGAUCCGGCAUCAAUCUUCCACCACAGAAUUUUGUUUCCACGCCACAAUAUUCCGAUUUUACUGGAUAUCACCAUGUGCCCAAUAUGGACACGCACGCACAGUCCGCGGGGGCAUGGGGUGCUCCUUACAGCGCGCCGAGGGAAGACUGGGGCGCGUACAGUCUCGGACCUCCAAACACUAUUUCUGCACCCAUGAGCAACUCUUCCCCGGGACAAGUUUCCUAUUGCUCACCUGAUUACAAUUCUAUGCAUAAUCCGGCAUCUGCAGUGCUGCCACCGCCACCUGAAAACAUUUCUAUGGCUCAGCUUUCCCCGGAUAGAGAAAGGCGCAACUCUUAUCAGUGGAUGAGCAAAACCGUCCAGUCUUCUUCGACCGGUAAAACGAGAACAAAGGAGAAAUAUCGAGUGGUAUACACAGACCACCAAAGGCUUGAGCUGGAGAAAGAGUUUCACUUCAAUCGUUACAUCACCAUAAGAAGAAAGUCUGAACUGGCGCUGAACCUAGGCCUUUCAGAGCGACAGGUAAAAAUCUGGUUUCAAAACCGCAGAGCUAAGGAAAGGAAAUUAAUCAAAAAGAAAAUGGGUCAGUCCGAUGGCAGCGGAGGCUCAGUGCACAGCGACCCGGGUUCUGUCAGUCCGCUCCCGGUACCUGGCUCACUGAGCCCGUCAGAUAUACACGGUCCUCUUUACCCACCUCCAGGGUUGAACACCUUACCAUCUAUGAGGAACAUACAGCAAGUAACUGUUACUCAGUGA